CCCAGAAGGGGGAAUAGCGUUUUGUUUCUUUUUUCUUUAAUUUGUGUCCUUUUAUUCUUUGGCGUUUUGUUGUUCCUCGGCCGUGUUCCCGUAACCGACUCGACUGCCUCGCUCCUCGGUGCUCGCUGUCUGUCGUUCCCCUCACGCGGCGCUAUUUUGACAGUUGGGGUCGCAGCGAACCGACUCAAGCUAGCCGCUCCAUUAUAUUAGCAUCGACACAACUUGAAGGAUUCUCCACACGGACUCGCAAAAUACGGCCAGCAAAAACGGGCUCCUGACUGGAGGACGGACCAUGCUGCUGCACUGAGCCGGAGGACGAGACGAGAGCGAGGCCCCAGAGGACCGCCGAGGUGGUGGCUGGCCUGUUGGCGUGCCCCUCCCACUUAUCCGGCUGGCUAGCUGCUGCCUCUUCGGUUCACCUGAUUGCUGUCCUCAUUCAGUUCACAUUUCUUUGCUGGCACCAACCUGCGGUUAAUGCUGCAGUUUUUCUCAUCAGCCAGAGUCGAGUUGUCACUCGGGAAGUGUAAGCAGUAUAGAUGUCAUGUUGGUAGAGACAUUACGUUUAUAUUAUAAAUAUAAUACGUCAUUUGCCGUUUAUAAAUUAAGAUGUUCAUAAUCUUAAUGUAUAACCAACAUUGUAUAUUCCGUGUCUGUAGUUUUUCUCCCUAAAUUGACGCAACCUAUUCUGAACAUGUAAUGAAACAAACCAGUUGAAGGUGUUUAUAAUUAUGCUGCAGAGACCAGUCAUCUCACAGUUUUUUCUCUCAGCCACACACUGAAGGCUAAGGUGUGCUAUGGACUGCGCUUCGCCCCCUGCUGCAGCCCACUCCAGUAUACUACCUUAGUGGGUUCCCCUCAUCUUCCUGUGUGUGGCUCCCAUACAGACUCACUGUACAGAGUCUAGCAAAGAUCUGGUACCACCUACAGCCACUCCUGGGUUCUCCACCCAACCCAUCCCCAACUCCCACCCUCUCCCCCUUCCCUAAGAAGAUGUCAGUGAGCCUGACAACAGUCAUCCAGCAUGAGGGAGAGAGUGGGCCACGCAUUGAGCCCUGCAGUCGAGGCAAGACCUCCCCUCAACCACAGGGCACCAAGGAAGGGACAGGAGAGGGCCUGGAGCCUGAGGAUAGCUCUCCACAGGAUGCACAGAAACGAGCUCCUAAUCACAGCCAUGGCAGGAAAAGGGCCAAGUCUAAUGCCAAACUGAAGCUGGUACGGAGUCUGGCAGUGUGUGAGGAGUCCUCUGGUCCGUUUUCAAAUGAUGGAACCCCAGAAUCGCAAUGGAAUGUGGUUUUCCAGGAUAUCAUCCAGCUUCACAUCAGCUCUCCAUCAGACAAGGAAGAGGAGAAGUCCUCGAAGGACGAGUACGAAAAUGAAGAGAAGGAGAAGAAGGACAAGGCUCCGCGAAAGAUGUUGUCACGUGACUCCAGUCAGGAAUACACUGACUCCACAGGCAUCGACGUUCAUGAGUUUCUGGUCAACACACUGAAGAACAAUCCCAGGGAUCGAAUGAUGCUGCUCAAACUAGAACAAGAUAUCCUGGAGUUCAUUAAUGACGACAAUAACCAGUAUAAGAAGUUUCCGCAGAUGACGUCUUAUCACCGUAUGCUGCUGCAUCGUGUGGCUGCCUACUUCGGCAUGGACCACAAUGUAGAUCAGACGGGCAAGGCUGUCAUCAUCAACAAGACGGGCAACACACGCAUCCCAGAACAAAGGUUCUCUGAACACAUCAAGGAUGAACGUAACAUGGACUUCCAGAAGAAAUUCAUCCUCAAGAGAGAUGAUGCCAGCAUGGAUAAGGAUGAUAAUCAGAUUCGUGUGCCGCUGCAGGAUGGCCGACGUAGCAAGUCCAUUGAAGAGCGAGAGGAAGAAUAUCAGCGGGUACGAGACCGUAUCUUUGCCCGAGAAGUGUCCUUUUUCUUACAGUCCUCUCAAAAUGGAUACAUCAACGACAACAGAGGGAACCGUGAGAGCUCCAGCCGGGCGUCUAGCAGUCGUCAAAGCAGCACAGACAGCGACAUGAAGUGCCUGGAGCCACGACCCUGGAGCAGCACCGAAUCCGACAGCUCCAACCGCACCCUGCGGCCACCGGUCACUAAGGCUAGCAGCUUCUCUGGCAUCUCCAUCCUUACCAGAGGGGAUAGCCUUGGCAGCAACAACGGCUCACAGGGAAGCUGCAGAGGCUCUCGCUCUGCCUCCCAGUCGAGCCGUAGUCUACUUCCCUGCCCGUCGCAACAGCCUCAGCCCCAGAUUCCACCUCAGACGGCCCUGCUGCCCACUCCACAGCAGCACCCCAUGGGAAACCACAUGAUUGCACAGCCGGUGGCAUCUCAGCCUGUUUCCUACUCCAGCCCCUCCUGCCCCCAGGUCCUCCUGCCAGUUUCUCCUCCCCAGCAGUACACAAUGGGAGAAGAGAUGGCGCCCCAAUUCACCCAGAUGACGCUGAGUCGGCAGGGCUCCAGCGAGAACCCAGAGCCUCCACCCAUGUAUCAGGCUCCUCCCACAGUGCUGACCCAGCACCCCCCUCCUCAGACCAGCUACAUCAUGGCAACCACGGGUCAGCCUAUGCCGCCUCCGUCUGGUUACCAGCCUGCCACUGGACACCCCCAUCCUCCACCUCCACCACCUCCUCCAUCCCAGCCUGUCAUGCAGGCCCCACCUCCCCCACAAGGCUACAUGCAGCCCCCUCCACCUCAACAGAUACAGGUGUCCUACUAUCCUCCUGGUCAGUAUCCCAGCUCUGGCCAGCAGUACCGUGUGCCCCAGCCCAUGGCCCACCAGGUGUCUUAUCCUGCCCAACGCACACAACCCAUGCCUCAGCCCACACAGCAGUCAGGUCUCCAGACAAUGAUGCCCAGCCAGCAGUCGAGCUACCAGGGUAUUAUGGGUGUGCAGCAGCCCCAGAACCCUGGUCUGCUCAAUUCCCAGAGGGCAGGCAUGGGAGGACAAAUGCAAAGCAUAAUGGUUCAGUACCCACAGAUGCCAUCAUAUCAGGUUCCAGUGGGAAAUGAAAAUCAGCAGGUGGUGCAACAGCAGUACCAGCAGCAGGUGAUGGUGCCAGUCAGCCAGUCUGUCCAGGGGCCCAUGCCGGUCUACUACAGUGUUAUCACUCCCACACAGCAGAAUAGCACAAGCCCCUCGGUAGGCUACCUGCAGCCCCCCAGCUCCGAGCAGUAUCAGAUCACACAGUCGCCAUCCCCUUGCAACCCUCAACAGUUGCAGCAGCAAUAUUCAGGAGUACCGCCUCCUGGACCUGGGGUGAUGGUCAUGCAGCUCAGCGUCCCCAAUGGACCACAGCCUUCCCAGAACCCUCCUCUGGUCCAGUGGAACCCAUGCAAGUACUACAGCAUAGAGCAGAGGCCCAGCAAGCCAGGGGAGCUGUACAAACCGGACAACACUCCACAGGCCAGCACUCAGCUGACGACUCCCCUGGCCUCCCCCACCCAGUCUCCCACCCCGUCUCCCUCCGGCAGCGUCAGCACCGUCUGUCCAGGCAUGGGACCAUUACCCCUCAUUUCCCAGUUUCCUCGGCCAGGAGGACCAGCUCAAGGUGAUGGGCGCUACUCUCUGUUGGGGCAGCCUCUCCAGUACAGCCUGUGUCCUCCUCCCCUCAUGCAUGGCCAGUCCUCCUACACCUCCCAUCAGGGCCAAGGAGUAAUGAAACACGGGGCACGGGGGAAAAAACAAACACUCAAAUCUGCAUCGACAGAUCUCGGCACAACUGAUGUUGUGGUGAGUCGAGUCCUCGAGGUUACGGACCUGCCAGAGGGCAUCUCACGUCCAGAGGCUGAAAAGCUCUUCAACCAGCUGUCGAUGUGCGGGGCCAAGAUCCAGUGGCUGAAGGAGCCCCAUGGAGGCCGAGGAGGAGGAGGAGGAGGCCCCUGUCCUGGCGUGGGGCCGGCCAGGCUCAUGGCCAGCGUGGGAGCGCGGGGCGACGGCAGCGACCCGGCCCACCUCUACACGGUGGUGGCGGUGUUCCCCAGCACCAUGGCUGCCCAGAGCGCUUCCUUCAAACUGAACAACAGCGGGGCGAGCCUCUUCAAACUGAGGGCGGCCAAAAAGAACUACGACCUGCGAGUGCUGGAGAGAGCCAGCUCUCAGUGAACGGAAAAGAGAGGGGGAGGAAGGAAAGAAAGCGAAAGAGACAGAACGAAAGAGAGACUCUCAGCGGAGUGGUGGAACAGGAAGGAGGACUGAGGGGGACUGCUCCGAGUGUACAACUUAAAAAUCAAAACAAACAAAAAAUACUUGAGUUAAAUAAUGUGUCAAAUGUAUAAAAGGAAAGCCGGUGUGAAUCAUGCGGGGGCUGGUCUGGUUUUUGUUGUGUGUUUUUUUUAUUCAUGGUUUUUGUUUUGUAUUUAUAUGGCAGAAGAGCGCACAAGACACACCAGCAUGUGUUUCACUGUUGCCGUGGAGUGUGUGCUGCCAUUAUACAAAACCACACGCGAGGCCACACACCCCAGGAGACACACACACACACACAGACAGACACACACCAACGCAGGCAACAGGGUCACGUAGCACAUGACAAGAACACACUGGACAGUCGACCUCUUCUCCUCCCUCCGCUCUCCAGCCCUUCCUCCUUUUUCCUGCCAACGCUUUCGCUCCUUCCCCCAACUCGUCUCUCGAUCUCACAUAUUUAUACAUUUUCAUACGCACAGUUGCGCACUCUCAGCUUCCCCCCAUCGCUCUCUCUUCCUGCCCCGUCUCAUGCGGCCUCCUCUCUCUGCUCCUCAGUCCCUCUCACGGACUCUCACUGCGCUCCCCACUCCUGCUUUCUGUUCGCCUUACUACUGUUGUGGGUUUCUGUAUUGCGCUGUUUUUUUCUCAGACGUUUUUUCUUUUUUUUGGUAUUUGGGAUUCAAUAUAUUUAUAUAAGUGAUGUAAGGAAUAAAAUAAAUCUAUAUAUUCGGUGAUUUUUCUUUCUUUUCCCCGAGUGAAAAAGUUUAGGUCUUCCUUUAUCCUUCACUCCUUCCCUCUUCAUCCCCCUCUCCUCUUUCCUCGAUUUGUUUCCUCCUAACUGCCCUCUACCUCACUUAUUCAGACCUCCCCCCCACCCUCGACACCCCUUUGUGUUUGCGUUUUUUCGUUGACAGCUGUGCAGAACGUAUCAGAAGAAGUAGUUAAAGUGCACAAUGAUUGCAUACGUCUACUGUAAAUUUUAUUUAAUCUGUUAUUUUUUGUUUGUUUUUAAAAAUGAUAAAAGUCAAGAAAAAAAUCUAUCAAAACAU